AUGCCCCACAAUAUCUUUGCAAACCCCAAAUUGGUGUGGCACCCUAUGCCGGAGGAGGUCCGCCAACGCGUGAAGUCCCUCCGCUGGACGAACAGUCGAGACGCGAAGGCGGCGGCGGCGGCGGCGGACCGCAAAAAGACGAGAAUGACCGGCACCGCCUCCGUUCAAAAUAGUCGAGGGGCAUUCAACAGUGUUGAGUCCACACAUCACCCUUCCCACGGUCAGCAAUCUGUCUAUCGCGGGAGAAGCAAUCAGAGUGAAUCUGCACAACAAAUUGGUUUUGUUUUCCCUCCCAAACAUGACAGUGGAAUCGAUUCUGCAAGUGAAGCCGGCCGAUUUGAAAAUCAGAAAAGUUUAUUAAGUCAUCAGAUGCUCAACCGCACUCCCAGUGAACGCAGUAACUUUGAUCCGAGCUUUAAGAGCAAAAUGUCAGAGCAGAAGGAUUUCCCUGAUCACCGUAGCGUUGCGGAAUCUCAACUCUACCCCGCUUCUUUCAUGAAUAACGAUUCCAACAACAAUGGUGGGAGUUUAUACGGGAGCUGCAGAAAGACGAAUAUCUCUUGGAGUAAAAUAAAUGAUAAUUCUUUUUGCUUACAACGGGGGUUAACAGAGGAGAGUUCUGAGAUUAUGAAAACAAAACAUACUAUUCGCUUUCGUGGAUUAAAAUGGAAAAGGAUUUUAAAGCGAAAACGUAGUGUAUUGGAAGAAGCCCUUAAAAAGGAUAUAUCAGCUGCUACUGGCUUUAACGAGAAGGAAAUUUUCUGUCUGGACAUUGAAUUCAAAGUUGCUCUUAUCGUUACUUUUGUUCUUCAACACAAGAGCGAUACGGAGUCUAAAGAAAUACACACUCUACUGCAUCGAUACGAUUACGUGAAUACAACCGCUUUGUAUACUGCCAAAAAUUAG